AUGGGAGCAGUUUCUGUGCUACAGAAGACCAAACUACCACAAAAAGUGGCACUACGGAAGAUUGACACCAUUCAUCACCCCUCUAUAGACAAGCCCAGUCAGCCCCUUGAGUUGUUCCAGAAGUCUCCCCAGACUACUGAGACUCCUCACAAGGCUCCACUUCCAGAAAAGCCCUACCUGGUAGAAUUACGACCAAAGCCCCAGGCCUCAGACUUGCCCCCAAAGCCGGGAGAACUGCCUCCGAAACCCCAGCUGUCUGACCUUCCCCCGAAACCCCAAUUCACCGACCUUCCACCCAAGCCUCAAAUCAAGGACCUCCCGCCUAAGCCCCAACUCUCAGACAUUCCUCCUAAACCACCGGUGACCGACCCUGUCCAGAGGCCGCCCUCCGGUGAGGUGACGCCAAAACUGCAGCCCCCCGACACAUUAGCCUCCAACCAGCAGGGGGAACUGGUGCCCAAACAGCCCAGUGAGGACACCAAUGGCACCCCACCCAGUGCCACUGAGAUGCCUGUUCCACUGCCCCGGAAGAUCAAUACAGGGAAGAACAAAGUGAGACGGGUGAAGACCAUCUAUGACUGCCAGGCGGACAACGACGACGAGCUCACUUUCGUGGAGGGGGAGGUGAUCAUCGUCAUGGGAGAGGAGGACCAGGAGUGGUGGAUUGGACACAUUGAAGGGCACCCGGAGAGAAAGGGGGUGUUCCCCAUGUCUUUUGUGCACAUUCUGUCUGACUGAUUGGAGGACGGACAGGCGUGAGGCCCCCCUCCUUCCUGCACAAGCUCCGCCCCUCUGGCCUCAUGCGACAGUGAGGACACUGCCUCUGUACAUAGCUACUGUUACAGCCAGAAUCUAAAUGGACACAAAUCAAGGAAGAGCCCUAUGUCGGUUCAUCUCAGCUUAGGGAUGAAUUACAUAUGUAUUGUAAAUAAACGGUGUUAUCCUGCCUUUACCAGUAUUAUAAUAGCCAUGGAACCUGGCACGUCUUACUGGGUUUGCUGUAGCUAUCCUCGGAGUCUAGCACUUAACAUCUCAGUCUAAGCUGCCACUGUAUGUAUGCGUAUAUACAUUGUAUGUACAUAUGUAUGUAUAUAUGUGCACACUUCAGUACAUAUACAUACAUGUAUGUGUGCAUACACAUGUGUUUUUACAGUGCUGUGAAAAAGUGUUUACCCCCUUCCUGAUUUCCGAUGAUUGCAUAUUUGUCACACGGAAUUGUUUCAGAUCUUUAGACAAAAUGUAAUAUUAGGCAAAGGGAACCUGAAAAUGUGUUUUUUUACUUACUAUUUCAUUUGUUUAAUGAAAAUGGUUAUCAAACACCCAAAUCAUCCCUGUGAAAAAUGAAACUGGUUGCACCACCUUUCAAAAUUUUAAUAUUAGUCUUUCUCAUCUCUGAGAUUCCUAGCCCACACUUGUCUGAAGAACUGCAUUAAUAUAGGUAGGUUUUUGAGCAUAAAGCACUUGUUUCAGGUCCUACCACAACUUUGGCAAAGCCAUUUCUGAGGAUCUGGGGCUCCACCAAACCACAGUGAGAGCCAUCACCCAUUAGCCAUUAUUGAAAACUUAAAGAGGAUGCUCAGUGUGACAAAUAUGCAAUAAUAGAGGAAAUCAGGAAAGAGGGAAUACCUUUUCACGGCACUGUACAUACAGUUACCUCUGGUGAUUUAUCCUAAGGCAAACUUGUUCAAAUCAUAUCUGUAUUAGCUUAAAUGUUUAUUGGUGUUAUCGCCUCUUCUAUUCCUGGAAACAUUGCAAGAUCAGGAGAGUUAACUACACAAGGAAUAGAUUAUUUAAUCAAUCCUCACUUCUCUCCCUGUGGAGACGCACAGAAAAGACAAUGCAACAACUUUUAGUUUUUUACUUCGUACAAUUGCACGUCCAAGGAUGAAAUAUAUAUUAAUUGAACGGAUUCCUAAAACUUGCUUGCUUACCGUUAGGAGAGUUGUAGUUCGGUAUCUGUAUGUUCCAAUGGCAGGCGACAGCAAUCAACUUUAAUCUGAUGGGUGUCCUUCAAGCAUCAAGCUUCAAAGGGUCUCCCCAGAGAUUGCUAAUAGUUUUUUUUCUCAUAAUCACACCCCAUACCUGUAGCAGUAGUGGUGCUGUUCCUUUUAAGUGUCUACAUAAUUUUGUUUGCAGAUGUUUUUAUAAUUUUUUUAAUUGUCAAAACUGGGACCAUAACCCAAGGAAACAACUGCUGUCUCCUGGUAGUAUGAGUGGGGGGUUUACUUGGUACGUUCCACUGGGGUCCCUCCUGACAGAACGAAUGAAGGCAUGGGACUCUAACACCUCACCUCCCCCCAACUUAUCAUGCAGUCUUGGACCAGUCCUUGGGAUCAUCCCCAUCUGCUAGAUGCUUGAAGCUAUACUUGUAUAUUCAUAAAACACAGGCAUUGAGAAAAACACAAUCCCAGCAUGCAGUCUACUCAAGGUUCAAGACUUUCUUUGUGAUAUAUCAAACUGGAAUUAUUUUUAUGUUUUUAAUUUCUCCUAGAAGUGUCAGGAGUGACUGAUGAAGGUAUUAACAUGAACCAAACUCUCGUUGUUCCUCAUUAGCCAUUGUGUUUUGUUUAACAGUGCAGGGAGUAGAGGAAUUUACGUUAGAUAUUAAGUCUUUAAUGUAUUAAGACAGUGUAUUACUAUAUGAAUGCUUCCUGUAUGUAGUAUAUUUAAAGUUCAUGGUCAGAUACAUUGAUUUUGGUUCAUAUGCACCAUAUGAUAUGCAUACAUACAGUCACACAUAUACACGUGUGUAUCUGUGUGUAUGUAAAUCCAUCUGCAAGUGUGUGACCACUCAUUUAUCCAAGUAUCGGAAAUCAUUUUUAUGUAGGGUGUAAUUUGUCCAGUAGUCGUAACAAGAGCUUGACAGCAUACUUUCAGUAAACAAAUAAUAAGAGUAAUGCAUUUCAAUACUUCUGCUCGUAAUUCUCUGAUUGAGUUUGUGUACAUGUUUAAAUUUGACCUACAUUGAUAGUUAAUGACGAGAACAAGAGUGCAAUUGUAGUUUAGUGAAUAUUUAUUUCAUCCAGAAUUUGAAGCAGCCAAGGGGAGAGGAUGUGUUGACCUGGUCACCGGUUUCAAUGUAAGUCUGCACAAAAAGUGAUCUGUUACAUGCCUCUGAAUAUGCUUAUAAAUGGCAUUGCCGUUCCUAUUUUUACAUAUUUAAUUGUGAGAAAUAACUGGACUUAGAUGUAAACCUUAAUUUUUUAUUUUCCAUUCCUUCACCCACCCCAGUUCCUGUGUAUUAGUUCUGUCUGAAGUCAGGAGUUCCACCCAAUCAUUCCAUUUUUAUUAAAGGUAUUACAUUUGAAA